CAAAUUACUGUCGAACAACAAAUUAAAAUUCUUGCUGAAACAUCUUUGAAAAGCAGUGUUUUAAAAGAAGUAGAAAUAAUUUCUGUAAUCAAAGAUUUUUUUUCGAAAAUAAAUGAAGCUAGUUAUCAAAAGAAGGCAGAAGGAAAGAAAAAUAAUGAAGAAAUGGAAAAAGCCAAAAAAGAACUUGCAAAAUAUUUCCAGAAAGUUAAGAAUGGAGAAACAAUUUUUUUAUUUAAACAAUGUUUUGAUUUAUACAAUUCUACUAUUGGGAAAAACAAACAGAAUACCGAGGUCCUUCAAGGAAGCGGAAAGAAAAAAGAUUUUGUUGACUUCCCAGGAAAAAAUGUAAAGAUAAUUUUUUAUAUGUCAUAA